AUGUCCGUCAGAGCCGUGAAGACCACCACCUUCUCCACCGUGUCCUCAUCCAGGGGUCCAGGCCAGGGCUUUAGUAGCCGCUCCUUCUCUGGCUACGGUGGGCGAGGCGUGGGGGGCGCCAGGCAGAGCUACGCUGUCCGGGGUUCUUACGGCGGCGUGGGCAGCAGCGGCGCUGCGGUAGGCGUUGGGGGGUUCAAGGUAGUCGGUGGGUAUGUUGCAGGGGGGGCCGCCCAAAGAGGGGGCGGAUUAGAGUACGGCUACGUGGGCUUCGGUGGGGGCGUGGGGGGUGGCAUGGCCCAAGAGACGGUGGCCCCCAUCACGACGGUGACCGUGAACAAGAGCCUGCUGGCCCCCUUGAACCUGGACUUUGACCCCACCAUCCAGGCGGUCCGCAUCCAGGAGAAGGAGCAGAUCAAAACCCUGAACGAUCGAUUCGCUUCUUUCAUCGACAAGGUACGCUUCCUGGAACAGCAGAACAAAAUGCUGGAGACCAAAUGGAAAGUCCUACAAGAGCAAACCACGUCGCCCUCCGGCAUCGACGCCAUGUUUGAGGCCUACAUCGCCAACCUACGCAGGCAGCUGGACAGCCUCGGUCACGAGAAGGUCAAACUGGAGUCUGACCUGCAUCACAUGACAGCUCUGGUUGAAGACUUCAAGACCAAAUACGAGGAGGAGAUCAACAAACGCAACGAGUGCGAGAACAACUUUGUCCUCAUGAAGAAGGACACAGACGCGGCGUACUUGAUCAAAGCAGAACUGGAGACCAAGCUGGAUGGACUUUCUGAUGAACUUGACUUCCUGAGGCAGAUCUACGACGCGGAAAUCCAGGAGCUCCAGAGUCAGAUCAAGGACACGUCCGUGGUGGUGGAGAUGGACAACAGCCGUAACCUUGACAUGGACGCCAUUGUUGCUGAAGUGCGGGCCCAGUAUGAAGACAUUGCUAAUCGAAGCAGAGCUGAAGCCGAAUCGUGGUACCAGUCCAAGUAUGCAGAGAUGCAGGAAUCUGCCGGAAGAUGCGGCGACGACCUCAAAUCAACCAAGGCGGAGAUCGCCGACAUGAACCGCAGGAUCACGAGGCUGCAGUCUGAAAUCGACAUGGUCAAAUCCCAGAUCAAUAAUUUGGAGGCCCAGAUCGCCGAGGCCGAGGAGCGCGGUGAGCUGGCCGUGAAGGACGCCAAGCUCCGCAUUCGAGACCUGGAGGAGGCUCUUCAGAGGGCCAAGCAGGACAUGGCCCUGCAGGUCCGCCAGUACCAGGAGCUGAUGAACGUGAAGCUGGCAUUGGACAUUGAGAUCGCCACCUACAGGAAGCUUCUGGAGGGAGAAGAGGACAGGCUGGCAACUGGAAUCAAGACCAACGUGUCCAAAGUGACGUCAUUAAACUACAACGCUUACGGCCUGGAGAGCUGUCGCCCCCCAUCCAUGACCAGCAGCUCAUUCGGCGCCAAGACCAGCGGUGUUUCUGUUUCCGGCCACGAGGGGGCGACAGUGACGAGCACCGCCGCAGUCACUCAGUCAGAGACGGUGGUGACCACCAGCGAGGAGAAGAUGGAGAAGAAGAAGGAGGAGGUGGAGGUCCCCGUCGCCACCGAGGAGGCUCCUGUGGAGGAGAAGAAAGAACAGGAGAAAGUGGAAGUUGUGGCCGAGGAGUGA